GUGGCAGGCGCAGCAGGCGGCCAAGGCGGGCCAGGGGGCGGUGGCCGUGGCGGACGGGGAGGGGGAGGGGGUGCAGGCGAGCAUGGAUGCUGCGCGCGCUGAGAUGAGGACGUGGUGGGCGGCACAGCAGGCGGGCAAGGGCGAGCAGGCGGGCAUGGAUGCUGCUCGCGCGCAGAUGCGGACGUGGUGGAUGGAACAGCAGCAGGCCAAGGCCAUGGACGUGGCGCGCGCAACCAUGAGGCACUGGUGGGUGGAGCAGCAGCAAGGCAAGGCCAUGGAUGCAGGUCGUGCGGAGAUGAGGCAAUGGUGGGUGCAGCAGCAGCAGGGCAAGGCCAUGGAUGCAGCGCGCGCAGAGAUGAGGCAAUGGUGGGAGCAGCAGCAGCAGGCCAAGGUGGGGGCAGCAGCUGCAGCCGGCAUGGAACAGGGCCGAGCGGAAAUGAGGGCCUGGUGGGUGCAGCAGCAGCAGGGCAAGGCCAUGGAUGCAGCGCGAGCAGAGAUGAGGCAAUGGUGGAUGGCGCAGUUGGUGACGAAACAGGCGGCGGUGGAGGAUGAGUCGCGCGCCCAGCUCAACGCAUGGGCGGUGGGCAAGUGGAGGGCGGUGCUGGGCGAGGCGGAGCAGCAGGCAGAGGAGGCGAAGCUGGAGGCCAUGGAGGCCGGCCGGGCGGAGAUGCGCCAGUGGUGGACGAAUCAGCUGGAGGAGAAGGCAGUGAAGCUGGCGGAGCAGGCAGCAGCAGCAGUGGAGGCGGAGGCAGCCAUGUAUGUGGCGGCUGCGGCUGACUUUGGUGGCGGGGAGGAGGGCGACCUCAGUGAGGACGAGCUCAUCGCCUCCGAUGAUGAGGAGCAGAUGGAGGUGGCGGCGCGCAUGGUGGAUCUGAGCGACAUGGAGCGCGCCGUCAUCGAGCGCGAGAUGACCCGCUACCGCGCCAGGCGUGAGGCCAAGCGCGCCUUCUGGGACCGCGAUGUGCAGCGCGCCAUGGACCGCAACCGCAAGGCCAUGCGCGACUGGUGGUUGCAGCAGUGGGGAGCGAAGCAGAGGGCCAAUGGGUGGGGCGACAACCCGCCUGUGUGGCGCCUCAAGCUCACGGCAGGCAGCGCGGACACGCCAGGUGGCAGCACGGCAUUGGAGGACGUGGAGGUGUCGGGCAAGGGCGUGACGCUGGGCCUCCUCCCCCAGCCAGAGGACGGCUCGCGACCCAUCGAGCUGCACCUCAAGGGGGUGUCAUUCGCGCACGCGGUGGUGUACGGAAAGGACAAGUACAUGGGGUUCGGCAGCUACAAGCGCGACUACUUCAUCGCUGACAUCGGCUCCACCACCGGCACCUUCCUCAACGGGUCCAUGUCCUCCCCUGCCUGCCGCCCUCCCUGCCCGCCCUCCCCACUCUGCGCCCCGCCUGCCUCUCCCCUCUGCUCUUCUCCCUUCCCUGCUCUCUUUCCGUCUCUCUGCUCUGCCCGGCUCUCCUUCUGUCUCUCUGCUCUUCUUUCUGCGUUGCACACUGCGGUGCUCUCUGCCCUGGUUACUGCCCCGCUCUGCUGUGGCAUGAUGGUGUGGCACACACACGUGCAUCCAUGUGCGUACACCCACAGCAUGCACAUGCAAUUCUUUUGUCAAUGCCACCAGGCGUCCCUCACAACCACCUUCCAUCUGCUGCCUGUCCCCUGUGCCCCUGCCCCCCUGUCUCUGCGCUACGCCUGUCCCCCUGUCCCCGUCUGCCCCUCUGUCCCUGUAUCUCCUGUGCGAGGGCAGGAAGCUGCUGGGAGUGAAUGCGCCGCGCAAGCUGGCCAAUGGUGA